AUGGCUUCACGUUCUGAGCUACGACGGUCGAGUGUUACGGACCAGGAUCCUUAUGAGCUAGAAAGGCUAGCAGAAGAACUCGAAACACGAGAAAAGCAGGGCGCGACGAAGAUAAACUUCGAUGACCUGGACGAUUCAGAGGUUCCAACAUUACCAGCCUAUGUUCCCCUCUCGCACGAGAACCCAUAUCUAACGGCGGACAAAUUCGAUGUCGAAGAAUUUCUUCGCUCGCGAUCCUACACAUCCCUACCUGACUUGCGAGCUGAACUACGAGAAUAUCUGGCAACUUUAAAGGAAGAACUGGUCAAGCUCAUCAACGACGACUAUGAAGCUUUCAUCAGCCUCAGCACGGAUUUGCGGGACGAAGGAGCGCGAUUAGAGACGUUAAAGAGGCCAUUGGACGGGAUACGGAGGGAGAUCUUAGAAUCCAAGAAGGAGUUGGACGCUAUUCAGCAGAGUGUACAAGAGAAGCUCAAAAAGCGCGCCGUUCUUCGUGAGGAGAAGGCUCUCCUGCAACUAUUGCUCAAAAUCUCGGAUUCAGUCACUCGGCUGGAGAAGUUAUUGGCAAUAUCCUCACCAGAGGAAGACGAUGAUCUUACCAGCUCCAAGUUGACGUUACAGUUGGGCAACGCUGAGGACCCUUCGGACGAAAAGUUGCCCGCUAAUCGCGCCAAACACCUUUCUCGAAUCGCGACUGAAUAUACCCAGUUGUUAUACCACACAGCUAAGGCUCGAUCCGAGCAAUGUGUAUUCGUGAACGGGAUCCAAUGGAGAAUUGACAGGAUACACUCGACGCUAUCCUCCGAUCUCGACUCCCUGUUCUCAACAACGCUGUCAUAUAUCACAGAAGGAAAGCCUGACACCAAACACACCGAACUCGAGCGGACGAAGUGGAUUGCAGACUUGACGGAAUGUCUUCGGACGUAUGACCUCCUCGGUCUAUGGACUGACGCGGAGGAUAUCAUUCGAAGGCAAGUUGUGCGGAAGUUCGUUCGAAAGGCGAGUCGAUGUUUUACGAUAUAUCCUGGCGCACUUGAUGCACCCCAUUCACCUCUUGUCCCCCAUACGCCCUUCCACCCAAACAUCCCCGAGCCCCUACUUUCAGCCAGUUUCCCUGGUCCUCAAACCCCAUACACCCCGUUUACAGCCUUUAUUCCCAAACAAAGUCACCAGUUUGGACCACGGAGUCCGUUCCAAAAAUCACAAUCGUAUCUUCUGGACGACACCACUGACAACCUGGCCCAUCUGUACAACCAGAUCCUCAGGUUUAUCGAACGGGACGUCUGCUAUCUUAUGGACGCGGCGGAAAGCUUGAAGUCGAAAUCUGUCAGCGGGGACAAGGCAGCAAACGCGGGCUUCUCGAUCCUCGCCAAUGUGGUCUGGGAUGAGUUAUCUCGGGCAAUCCAAGAUGAGAUUGGUGGGUCUGUGUUUUCAGCGGGAAGACCAGAUGAGUUCCGGAAGCACUACGAAACCACCCAAGCCUUCAUCCGUUCUCUGGAGCUGUUGGCACCUUCGAUGAAAGCCGUGGAGGAACUACGUUCACACGAGUCCUACAGGAUUUUCGAGAGGCGGUGGCAACUCCCAGUAUACUUCCAAUUACGGUGGAAAGAGAUCAUCGGGAAAUUGGAAGAGUCACUGGCUGUCCAGAAGCUUGAACCGACCUACUCGAAAGAGAUCAGUCCUUUCGUAACUCCCCAAGCUGCAGCAGCAUGGAUAUCGAUAUCGGCUUGUUGGAGCGCACAAGUCUUCAUUCCAGAACUAUGUUCCCGGUUCUGGAGGUUAACACUACAGACAUCAGGAACAUCGACACCCGCUGGAGGCGGAGAAUCGUCAACCCCGGAAAGUUCGGCUGCGGAUGACAAUCUUCUUCGCCAGUAUUCAGCGGCUAUUGUGGAUGUUCUUGCGAUGGAGAAAAUGGUUAGGACCGUUUGGGAACAGGAGAUUCAAUUGGUUUUGCCCGAUGUAGAGGAUGACGAGGACGCUAAACCGGAAGAUGCCCUGAACGCAGUGUUGUCCAAGCUUACAGAGAGGUUACCUUCUCUGUCAGCCAUGAUAAUUAGCAUUUUGACGCGGCGGUGCUGUGACGCGUUGCUCCCUAUGAGGAGUAUCCCUGCCCAGUUUAGAGCGAUGACGAAGAAGCGGAUGCCUACCGAACCCAGUCACUUUGUCCCCAAUAUUCUUCGCCCGGUUAAGCAGUUCUUUGGGAUCGGAACGAGCGAUGGCCCUGGUACUCAGAUCAAGGACCGCUCGGGAUUUGACUUCCUGACGACGACCUGGCGCAGAUACAUAAACUACCUGUCCUCCAAGAAGAAGACGGAGCAGUCUCUCAAACGACUCAAGCGGGGUACCACAUUUUCCUUGUUUGGAAGCAGCAACGCAUCGUCCAACCAAGAAGCGCAGGAUGAAGAACGUAUCCGGGCUCAGAUGAUUCUCGAUGUGGAAGCAUUCGGUAAAGACGCCCGCUCGCUUGGUGUGGCAGUUGACGACAAUGAGCAUUUCAAGAUGCUCAAGGAGAUGGUUUAUGAGAGCGAUGGUUAG